AUGACGGCCGAAGUAUCCCACGGACGCGGCGGAGCUGGAAACAUCAACCCCGACGACACCCAGUACGUCGAUGGCGAAGUCGUGAGGACCGGUCCUGAGGGUUCCCAGGGCCACGGAGCCUACAGCGCAGGCAGAGGAGGUGCCGGCAACAUUGGCGACGCAGGCUCUGCGCCCGCCCCGCGCUCCGACAAGGACCUCGUCCCCGAGGAGGCCUACCGCCCCUCGACCGAGAACCAGGACUACCACGGCGGCCGCGGCGGCGCUGGCAACGCGCACAAGUCGAUCGACCACGAGAAGAAGGCCGCCGCCCAGGCCCGCGCCGACGGCACUGCUGGCGUCAGCGUCGCCGACAAGCUCAAGGCCAAGAUCCUUGCUCCUUUCCACAAGAAGUAA